CAAGCGGAAUCUUCGUUCAUAAACGUCAUCCUUGCUCAUUAAUUUUCUGUAAACUUUUCUUUCAACAAUUAUUUUCUAAUUUAGUGUAAUAAAUAUUGUAUUGUAACCAUGAGUGCGUUAAAUUUGAAACAUUAUCCCGAUGUGUGUCGUGUGUGCCUGAAGGCUGAUUCCGGUGCAAUGCAUUCCGUAGCCGAAGACUUCAAAGUGAUUCCGUUGAAGGUCCAAACCUUCUUGGAUGAAGUUACCUUCCGAAUUCAAGAGCACAAGGUUGAAGAUAUCCCGAAAGCAUUGUGCGACGCCUGUUGGGAACAGUUGACAAGUUUUGCAGUUUUCCGUAGCAGACUGCUCCUGACGACCCGAUUUUUGGAAGCCUUGGUAGAUGUGAAACAUUCCGACUCGGAACCAAUUAAGAUUCUUUUCAAGGAUAAAGAGGACGAACUAAAGGCACUUUUCAAAGAGCUUUCGCUGUGCAAUAAAUCUGAACCACGAGUCGAAGAUGUCCUGCAUGCAUUGGAAGAGAGCAAGUUGAUGAACCGCCAAUCGUUUGUUAAAACAGAAAAAAUUGAAAGCCCUGAAUCGGAUGAUGGCGAUAUGCAUGAUGGCGCGGACAGCGAUUAUCCUGAUGAUUCCGGAAACGAGAAAGUAAUCAAACCAGAAAUAGUUUACACAGACGAUAAUUCCUCCGAUGAUGAACCUCUGGUGAAGAAGAAAAAGGCCAAACCUAAGUCCACUAAAACUGCUCCGCAAACCGGCGAACGGAAGCGAGUAGGCCGUCCAAGAAUUCACCCGUUUGGAAAGAUUCUGCCAGAGCCGUGGUCGUGCGAAAAGUGUGCGUUUACCACGAAAUUACGAAACUCUGUUGCUCGCCAUCAGAAAGUGCACGAAAAGCGGGAAAAUCGCAUAUUUCCCUGUGAGAUAUGUGGGAUGGCUUUCAAGACCAAGGUCGAGAUGCGAAAGCAUGGUUCAACGCAUCCGGAGAACCAGUUCAUUUGCGAAAUGUGCGGCAGCACGCUCAAAAGUCCCGAAUCGCUCCGAAUACACAUGGAAAGGCAUAGCAACGUGACGCAAAAGCUCACUUGUGAGUACUGCCCGUAUACGACGCCACACUUCCAGAAUAUGAAAUCGCACAUGAAUACCCACAGCAGUACGGCGGAAAGCUUCAAGAAGGAGUGCGAAGUGUGCAAAGCCACGUUCAGAAGCACACAUCUUCUGAACCGUCAUAUGGAGACGCACGGCGAGGAACGAAAGUACGCCUGUACGGAAUGUCCGGCGCGAUUUAAAACCAGAAACGCCCUCCGAGGCCAUCGUAAUUGUGUUCACUUGGUUAUUCGCUACCCGUGUGAAUAUUGCGAGAAACGAUUCGAUCAGAAACUGACGCUGCGCGAUCACACAGAACGAGUUCACAAUAUUCAAGCCAACUUCCCGUGCGACAUCUGCUUGCUGACGGUCUACAGCCAGGAAAAGCUGGACCUUCACCGACUGCGGCAUGAAAAUCCGAAACCUUUGGAGUGCGGAGUUUGUCUAACGAUACAUCCCAGCCAGGAAGCGUUCGAUGCUCACCUUUGCAUCAGCUAUCGGGAGGACUAUUUCUGCUGUGCCAGAGACUACCGGAACUACGCACAGUUAAAUCGGCACAUGUGGGCCAAGCAUGGCAUCAAGACCAAUUUCCGGGUGAAGCCCAUCCCGGGAGUUUUGGUUGGGCAGCUGAGGAGAACGCGUAAACGUUUGAUACGGUGCCGCAAGUGUGACAUCACGUUCCCCACCAAAGCACUAAAGCUGCAACACCUGAUCGAGUGCAACAGUGGAACACAAAACAAUGAUGAAACCUAUAGAUACGAUGCCUAAUUAAAUGUUCUUUCUGAGUUAAA